UUAUUUUCGAAGUCAAACGUGGUUCUUCCUUUGUUAGUUCUCCCGUCGUCUUCCAGAAGAGAGCACCAACCAACCAUUAACCAUUCAAGAUUCAUUCUCACUCAACCUUUCCCUUUCUCAAACAGAACUCAUCAUUUCAUCCAUAACCACCACCUCGUAACAACAUAACCAGCAACAACAUUAAACACACACAACACACAACAUUAAAUUCAACUUACCUUAACAUGGGUUCUGAUCCUUUCCCUGCAACUAAACCAUCACCAAUUCCAACCCAAGAUCAAGAAGAACACGACUCACAAUCAUCACCAUCACUAGCUCUUCUCUCUUUCAACACCGAACCUAACCCUUCACCUUCUUCUUCCUCCUCCCAUAACAAAACCCUCUUCAUCUCUCUCAUCAUCAUCACCACCAUCUCCCUCUCAGCAGCAUCAGCCUUCGCAUUCCUCUUCCUCUCUUCAUCAUCAUCUUCAUCAUCUUCUCCUUCUCCACCACAAACAUCUUCAACCACUCACAACACCACCCUAUCCCGCCCUCUCACCAAACUCAAACACCCUGUGGUCCUUCUAAUCUCCUCCGACGGUUUCCGAUUCGGCUACCAAUUCAAAACCCCUACACCAAGCAUAACCCGUUUGAUUUCAAACGGAACAGAAGCUGAAACAGGCUUAAUCCCUGUUUUCCCAUCCUUAACUUUCCCAAAUCACUACUCUAUCGCCACUGGUCUCUACCCUGCUUAUCAUGGCAUCAUCAACAACCACUUCGUAGAUCCAAUCUCCGGUGAUCAAUUCUACAUGAGAAACCAUGAUCCCAAAUGGUGGCUUGGUGAACCCAUAUGGGAAACUGUGGUGAACAAUGGGUUGAAAGCUUCUACAUAUUUCUGGCCUGGUUCUGAGGUGAACAAAGGUACUUGGAACUGUCCUGCUAAAUAUUGUUUAAAUUAUAAUGGUUCUGUUUCCUUUGAGAAUAGGGUUGAUUCUAUUUUGAAGUUUUUCGAUUUUGCGAGUGACGAAAUUCCGGAUUUUAUGACACUUUAUUUUGAGGACCCUGAUCAUCAAGGUCAUAAAGUUGGAUCUGAUGAUCCUGAGAUUACAAAAGCUGUUUCCAGGAUUGAUAAGAUGAUAGGUAGGUUGAUUAGUGGUUUAGAACAAAGAGGAGUUUUUGAGGAUGUUAGUAUUAUUAUGGUAGGUGAUCAUGGAAUGGUUGGUACUUGUGAUAAGAAGUUGAUUUUUCUUGAUGAUUUGGUUUCUUGGAUUGAUAUACCUGAAAGCUGGGUCAUUUCGCAUACGCCGGUACUCGCGAUUCGUCCGGCUUCUGGUUUUGAUUCGUCGGAUGUUGUUGCGAAGAUGAACGAAGGGUUAAGUUCGGGGAAAGUUGUGAAUGGAGAGAAUUUGAGGAUGUAUCUUAAGGAGGAUUUGCCUAGUAGGCUUCAUUAUGCGGCGAGUGAUCGGAUUCCGCCGAUUAUUGGUUUGAUUGGAGAAGGGUUUAAGGUAGAGAAGAAGAAAAAGAAGAGUCAAGAAUGCGGCGGAUCGCAUGGUUAUGACAACUCGUUUUUCUCGAUGAGGAGUAUUUUUAUUGGACAUGGUCCUCAAUUUGCAAGAGGGAGGAAGGUUCCUUCUUUUGAGAAUGUUGAGAUUUAUAAUUUGGUUACUUCUAUUCUUAAGAUAAAGGGUGCUCCUAAUAAUGGAUCUACCUCAUUUGCAGAAUCUGUUCUUUUACCUUCUGCAUAGAUUAUAGAUAGAUAGAUAGGACUGUGUCAAUUUUUGUAGGUAGAAUUAUUUGAUUGUUGAGAUGAAUCAUAGUUUUGUCUAUGUGGAAGAGAUGCUCAUUAUACCAGAAUCAGCCAUUUGUAGUUCUUGAUAUGAGAUGAAAGUCACUUUCUCAGAAGAUUAUGAGUUUCUGAGAGCCAUUUGUAUAAUUUGAAAACCAGAAAUUGAGGGUAGAUUUGUAUUAUUUCUGUAAUUUGAACUCUUCAAACAAUAGAAUCUAUGGAAAAUCUUUGUGAAA